AUGCCCUCGUCCACGAUAUGGAAGUUCCUCAAACGAAUUGGGAUCCUGGCGCUGCGUUUUUGGGGGGGUGGCGCUCUCUCCAUAAUCUCACUCAUCGUGGUGAUCGGGUACCAAAGAGCGGUUUCGCAGCUGAUUGAAAGUACCGUCACCGCAGUUUUUCAAAUGACCGUUGUGCUUUUCUGCUAUUUUUUAAUGCUCUGGUCGUACUACCGAACGAAUUUCACUCGUCCGAGUCCGAUCCCCGAGGCCUUCAGGCUGAGCGAGGACGAGCUUAAUAUGCUCAAAUCACAGCGCGGAUUCUUGGCUCGAGCAUACGCGAAUUAUCUGGCGGAUCUGAAAGAUAUUCCGAGAGGUCUCAAUCUGUGCAUGAGAUGUCGUUUGUUCGUGCCCCCCCGCGCGCAUCAUUGCCGCAUCUGUGGACGCUGUAUUCUACGAAUGGACCAUCAUUGUCCUUUUUUCGGGAACUGCAUACAUUUCGGGAACAUGAAGUUUUUCCUUUUGACGUUAAUCUACGCGUUCGUAUCCUGCGCGUUCAUCGUCACGACUCUCUACACAAUUAUGCAUGGACCUUAUCCUCAUUUCGACAAGACGAAUCGAAGACUCAGCGAAAUGGACGAGUAUUUAUUGACAGCAGUUUUCGCGAUUUCCAUGGCGUCUUCUCUUGCCAUCGGAGCAUUCCUCGCCUAUUGUUUGUGGCAUGUUUUCCGGAACUCGACACCGGUUGAGCUAUUCAUUGCAAUCAAGAACAAAUAUCCGAGGGGAAGUCCCUAUGAUAAUGGAGCUUACCAUAACUGGAGAGAAAUCUUUGGACCCGUCAUACUGGCAUGGUUCCUGCCGCUGUCCAGCACCGUCGGUGACGGGGUCACCUUCAGGGAGGGCAGACGCUGCUUGCCUGCCUGA